AUGGCUGCGCCCAUGGGUUGAAUUAUUUACGUGUCUUUGUCAGCGCUGCUUUUUUCCUUAUUCAGCUAGAUAAUUUAGAAAAAUACUCAUUUGUCUUCAUAAUGAGGGCUGGUAGCAAAGUUUUGCGAAUUACAAACAUCAUUGUGCCCAUGAUUUGUGUAGCUGGCAUGUUUUUGUCAGUUUAUGCAUACCAUGUAGAGACAAAUGUUCACAGUGAUCCAACUUUCAAGGCAUUGUGUGAUUUUUCAGAGCAUAUGAGUUGUUCAAAGGUCUUUUCAUCAAAGUAUGGAACUGGCCUUGGCAUUGUUGGCAGAUUAUUGGGAAAAGAUAGCUUUAUUAAUCAACCUAACAGUGUUUACGGAAUGAUUUUCUACACAUUGCAGUCAUUGCUUGCUUUCAAGUCAAGCUACAAGUUGGCAUUGGUCCAGUUCAUGAAUUCCAUUCUUGCCAUGGGUAGUUGUGUUUACCUUGCUUACAUUCUAUUAUUCAUCCUGGAGGACUUCUGUGUUGUUUGUGUUUCCACCUAUGUGGUGAACAUUGUCAUCACUAUUUGCUCGUACUUGAAACUGCGAGCACUUUCGGAAAUGGAGGCAACCAAGAAACAGAAAAAUGCCAGCAAGAAAGCAAGUUAACAAGCUGAUAAUGGAGGUGUAAGCCUUUUAUAACCCUGGUAUCCGUAUCACUGAUUGAAUGUGUCAAACUUUCUGAAUGAUCAAGGUUUAGUCAUGCUACAAGCAUAUGGAAUAUUUGUGUUUUAUAGCAUUGUUGUGUUACUGUAUACAUGUAUGUGCAGAUUUUUUAAAGAUAAUUUACUAGUUUAUGUUAUUAUAAUGAAAUAUUUAUUUCCCUUUAGUGUAAGAUAUCUAAAAGGAAAUCUUUUCUGUUUUUGUAAUAUUGUUUAAAAAACCUUCUCUCUUUCCGGAAAUUAUCACCGAGAACAAAUAGUUAAGGAAUAACUGUUAUAGGUCUAAAAUGCAUAUUAAAGAGUGAAUAAGAUGGUUUGUAUUGCAUGACUGAUUUUGCUGUAUGUAUUACCGAUUGCAAUGCCCUUAAUUGUAUUGAAAAACUUUGUUGUUUUUUCAUUGCCAACUAGUAGAUCAAAAUUAUGACAUUUUUAAAGUAGAAUUGUUGGGUAUAGUAGAAUUGUACAGGUAUAUGAAGGGCCAAUCCUUUGGGAUAACUGUACAAUGUGACCUUGCAUACACAAUGGACUGCUUUUUUAUUGCAUCACCUUGUUAUUGUUUUAAAUUUGUACAUUGAACAUAAUCAAAUAUUUAAUUGACUUUUUAAGAGUUGUAAAACUUGUUGUAAUUAGAUUUCAGUACUUACAUUUUAGAGUAGCCAAAAACUGUCAAAAUAUCCACAUUGGAACUCACACUGCAUAGUCAUGCUUAAAAAUGUAAAAAUAGACAAGUUUUGUUUUGUGUGUAAGUGAUUGGUCUGAAGCUUAUCAAUGCAAGAACUAGUUGUCAUUAUCACAUAGUAUAAGGUCCUUUAUUUUGGGGAAUCACUAAUGAGUUUUUCAGGAUGUACAUAUAUCUGUCUCUAUAAACACAUGGGUGCCAUGCAAAUCAAAUUUUGUGUGUUUUCAGAUUUUGGUCUGUAAUAAAUCUUUCUGCAGUUAAGUUAUUGCAAUGUAAAUGUAUGUAAUUUAUAUUAUGGCCUAUAUAUAUUAUCAGUUCCAGCAUUAGUGAGAUGGGUCACAAAUACAUCAUUUUUAACUUUGUGUGGACCUGCCUUAACCGUUAGCUGUCUUUGUAGUUGUUUUACCUGUCUUGUUUAUGUCCAUUACAUGAUGCUAUUUGUAAAUGAAUGUGCAUACAAAAAUAAAAAGAAAUACAAUUUAUAUUAACAA